AUGAGUUUGAAAGAUUUCAGUAUUGGCAGUUUUCACGAUGUAUUCUUGCAAGUUAUUGCAGAUAUAAGGUCUGAUGACAGGUACUUUGCGCUAGCAGCCUUUUUUAUUGCAUUCAAUCCUAUAUACUGGAAUAUUGUUGGAAGGCUCGAGUAUAAAACCCAUUUUAUUACCAAGAUUUUGGGUAGUAAGAAGAGAGGAUGCUAUUUAUUUGCAUUCUCUAUAUUCACCCUCGGUUUAGUUCGUGAUUAUUACUUCCAUAAGGCAAUUGGUAAUCAGGUCACUAGCAAGAUCCUAGAUUCCGAUUUAGUGAAGCUCAUAGGGCUUGUUAUCUCAGGUAUUGGACAAGUGUUGGUUCUGACUUCGAUGUAUAAGUUGGGUGUGACCGGUACUUAUCUAGGUGACCACUUUGGAAUUUUGAUGGAUCACCGAGUCACCAGUUUCCCAUUUAAUGUGUCCGAUAACCCCAUGUAUCAAGGAUCUACACUAACCUUUUUGGGCACAUCCUUAUACUACGGGAAGGCCGCGGGGUUAUUCUUGACGUUAUUAGUAAACUUUAUGUACACCAUUGCGCUAAAGUUCGAGGAACCAUUUACGGCUAUGGUGUACGCAAAGCGUGGUGAGCAGAAAGCUAACAAAGACAAAUGA